AAAAUGCCAUUUUUUGGUUGGAUAAAGUGGUCAAAAACUGAACCCUGCAAACCAUCACAAAAGUCAGCAUCAGAUGUUGUGACCAAGACAUUACUGAGAGAACUGAAGUGGCACCUGAAAGAACGUGAGAAGUUAGCACAAGAAAUUGAAAAUGAACAGAAAGUACUGAAGAAUGGAGUGGAUUAUACCUGGUUAAGAAGUUCUCAGAGUUUUAAACCCACCAUUCCUGUUGCAGAACAAAGGCAGCUGGAGCUGCUCUGUUCACAGAUUCAGCCAUCCCAUACAGGAACUCUACUCAGCAGAUUUCGUGAGGUAUUGGCAGAAAAUGACGUCCUACCUUGGGAAAUUGUUUAUAUAUUCAAGCAAGUUCUGAAAGAUUUUCUUAUGAAAACUGAAGAAGAAAAACAAGACAUGAAUCUGAUGGACAUGUGCAGUCUUAAUUUUAGGUUAGCAGGAGCAAGUCUGGAUAAAGCCAAGCCUGGAAAAGAUGAAAUACCAACAGUAUCAAGUUACGUGGACAGAAACAUGCAGAACAUGUUUCCAAAUUUCACACAGAGAAUUUGGGAUUUACCAUAUUACUAUCCUGCUAAUUACUCGUGUUCAGACUGAGUCAUUUAACAAUCUUUGCAAACUGACAUGAAAGUAAAAAUCAUAAGAAGACUGAAAGACAAAGUGAAAUGUAGCAUAAGGUUCCUGUGCUGAAGCAAAUCAGAAUUUUAUCACCACAUUUCAGUACAGAUAUUAUCGAGUCUCAAACCAUCCCAAAUUUCAACUUCACUUUCACUAUCAGUUUUGAACAAAAUUUUAUCUCAUUGACUUGGGUAGAGUUGUAAGAAGAUAAAGCAUAGAUCUGGCAACAAAUGUUUUGCAACAUUUUUGUGUAUUUUGUUGAAAGUAUAGUAAUAAUUAACACAAGCAGAACUCCAAGAAAACAAAACUCAGAACACAUAUUUUACAAUGUUAUAUCAUAUUUAUGUUGUCAUGUUUAGUUAUGCAUUUCAUUUGUUUGUUAACACAUUAGGCAGUGUUUCCAUGCUUUCUGUAUUCACAUAUGAGGUAUGUGAUUGAUUAGAUAGAUUCGCAGCAUUUAUGUACACAAUGUAUACAUACACUGAACUAAAACAGGACCAUGGCAAAAAAUUAAGGAAGAAGAUAUAUUUUUUGUUUGGCUGCUUUGCAAGACACUAUAUAGUAAGUCUAAUGGAAGCCAAGGAAAGUAAAAUAAAAUAGACUAUGAAGAUGCAGAAAUAACCACAUUGCAAAAACAUUACAACACAGUAAGCAAGGGAAGAAAUAAAUGCAAUGAAGCAAUAUGCAUUUAAAAGUUAAGAAAAAUGACCAAUAUUUGUGUAUCUGAAGAAACUUAAUGACUUUUCAAGAACCUAAACUUAAAUCUAUUUACUUUGUUUUUCUUUACCAAGAAACUGAGUUAACAGAUAGACUUCAUUUCAGGUGUAACAUAAAAAAUUGUAGAUAAAAGCUCAGGUGUGUCAUAGAAAAUUAUAGGUAAAAGCUUUCAGAACACCCUCUCCCCAAAAAAUAAAUAAAUAAACAAAAUCAAUAAAAUCAGAGCAAGUAUAAUGCUGUAGCAUUUUGCAGACACUAAAGGUCAGAGACUGUAAAAGAACAGCUGUAAUUAUAAUGCAAAAGCAUAUAGAUAAAUGCAAAUUAUGUGCUCGUAAUUCAGUGAUGAUAAAAGUUGUCUAGUAUGCAGGUCAAACUGCCUCUUUCCAAAGUUAAACAGAAUAAUAAGAAAAGAAACAUAAGUUGAGGCUUGCAAGAUGAGCUGAAGUGAAUAUGUGUUGCUGUGGUUCAGGUACAAUUACAGUCUGAAGAGAAUUUCAAGUGGCCUCAGUAGGAGACCUAAAACUCAACUAAGUGGACAAAAUGACUAAUGGUAAGAAAAGAGUUCCAAAGAUGGUUAGCAUAGUCAGCCAACACUCUUUGGUCAACCAAAAUGCAGAUUUGGAAAACAAGAAAGAAAGAGGUAUUUCUGCCUCAUUUCAGAUGACAGAGGUGUCUGAUCAUCUCUGUGUGACAGAGCAAAAAGGCCCUAAUCAUGACCCAAAUGACUCUGGAUUAAGUAACAAACCAAGCUUUGGAGAAGUCAAUCUGGGUGGGUAGGAGUGAGUGGCUGAUGCCAUUGUGCCUUUCUUAAGGAAGAGUCCACCUGACUGGAUGCACUGGUGACUCCUAGUAGAGGCUGGGAGAAUGCACAGUUAUGUACAAGGUCAAGCUACACACAUGGAUUUUCCAACAAUAUCUUGCAUUGCAAUCAGCAUAGCAUGUCUGGUCACACAAACAAUCAAUCAAGCCUAGCACAGCAAACUCCAUUUUGGUGGAGUAUGCUGCAAAACAUCUGAGGGACAAUGAGUCACUGACUAAAACAAAAUAAAAUACAUGAUUGCCUGGAUGACAACCCAGAAAUAUACAACCAUGGUACAGAAGCAACAAUGUCUGGCUGAAAUAAAGCUGACAACUAAAAAAAAUAAACAUGUUUUGCAGAAAACAGCUAAGCCUUUUAUGUGGCUUUAAAAUAGAGCUUAUAGAUAAACAGAUGGCACUGGUAUAAUUCAGGUUUGUUGGCAACAAGCAAUAACUGGCAAACAAAGGCAUACCUUUCAAUUUUCCCUGAUUUUGCUCUGUUCCUUGUACAUUUUAUGGUUUUCUCUCAAAUCAUUGAAGAUUGCAGGAACUAAGUAAUGACAGUCAUUUGUGUUUCAGACUUGAUCUUUCACUUUCCUGUUUACGCACCAUGUGGUACAUCAGGCAACAAUCACCUUCCAGCGCUCAUUGUUUCUGUAGCAGUUACUGGUUUUA